CAACCACCUUCAAAAAAUUCCUUUUUCCGGCAACUAUAUAUACAUACACAAUCAACGUUGAACUUCUCGUGGCUUGUUAUUAAAAGUGUAUCAAUGUCUUAAUUUGUUACAUAUAAUUUACAACCAUAUCAUAUACAAUUGCUUCAAGACAAAUGGGUUUGGAGCACAAAACAAAAAUGUUCUUCAAUUUUGCAUCUUCAAUAACUCCAAAAGAGAUUUUCUACCUCUUCACAUACACACUUCUAAGCCUCCUCUUACCUCUCUCAUUUCUUCUUCUAGCUAAGAUUUCUGAAGCACAAUAUUAUCUUCAACGCUUUAGUUUUUGGAAUCAACGAUAUUAUUACUCAUCACCACAACAUUUUCCCUAUGUUUUAACACUAGCGCUUUAUAUCAUCCCUUUUAUUCUCUACUUUAUAUUAAUUAUUAUCACCAUAGUUUCAUUAAUCAAUGCCUUCACCGGAAAAAUUACUAUUUUGAGUGAUUCAUCUUAUUCAAGUACAAAUUUUCAACCUCGUAUAUAUAUUGCAUGGAUUUUACUCUGUGUUUUCCAAGUUUGUGUUGGUUUAGGAAUUGAAGGAAGCAUUUUGGUGGGUUUAUAUGAUUCUGAUUAUAGUUUUGGUGUUGAAAGGAGUUUUUUAAGUAGAGUUGUUUUUUUGUUGGGGUUGCAUGAGACAACAAGAGUAUGGGCUAGAAUGGUGGUGAGGCCUGUUUUGGAUGACACGGUUUUGGGGGGUGUAGUUAGAAAAGAAAGAUGGGUUGAAAGGGUGUGUGUGGCUUUGUGCUUAGGAAGUUUAUGGUGGUGGAAAUUGAGAGAUGAUGUGGAGAAUUUGGUGGUUAUGUGUGAGGCAAAGAAAGAGCAAUUGAUGGAUGUGGGAAUUAAUGAUUUUGUUGGGUGGUGCUUGUAUUAUUUGACUGUAAUAAUUGGGAUGGUAAAGGUUGUUAAGGGUCUUUUGUGGAUCAUGGCAAUGGUUUGUCCUUGUACAAGGGAAAUGGGAAUUUCCUUGGUGGUACCUGGUGACAAUGAUGAUAAAGUAUAAAUUAAAUGAUUUUUUUUUUAGAUCAAGGAUGCCCUUUGUGCAACUCCCAAUAAGGUGCAACUCUAAAGACUAUAUUUCAACUAAAGUAGGAUUACAAUGAAUAACAAAAAUUCGUCUUUGAAAUUUUAAAGUUGUUGUAUUUUUUUUUGGUUGAAUUAAACUCGAGAUUUUUGAUUAAACAUUUCAUUAACCAUCUAACCAAUUC